AUGGCAAUUCAAAAUACUACUACAACCUCAGAGAACUCAGAGUCCUAAACGGGUGGUAAUUCCCAGCCGGAGGGCAUUGUAAAUCUAGAAUAUGGCAUGGAUAGUCAACAACCAGCUGUACCAAUAACCAGCAGCGGGAUCAAGGAGGCCUAGGAAAUUCUUAGAAAGAGGGAGAUGAGGGCUUAGAAGGCGUAGAUGGUGAAGCAGGAGCUGAUGAGCACCUCGGCUACAUUCAACCUAUCAGAAUCAGGCACCUAAACAUAAAAGAAGAGUCUUUACAAAGCCAAUCAGUUUUGUAUGGACUUAACAACCUCAAUAGAUUUGAAUGAGGUUGGUCAGGUCAAUGUUGAGUAAGAACAGGGAGGAUCAUCAAUAAACCAUAAAACUGAGACCAUUGAAUAAAUGUUGGAGAAGCAUAUAUAGUGGAAGAACCGUGUAGACAACUGUCUAUAUGAGAGAUGGAACAACUCUUUCUGUGUUGAUGCUAAGAACAAGAAAAUUCAAGUUCAAAAUUACUUGAAUGAUUUGACUGAUUCAGUAUCAACCAGUUAGGGUCUAAAGCAUUUCUUACACUACGAUGCUGCCUAAAUAAAGGCAAAGGUAAACAGAAUCCCAGCAAUUGCUAAGAAAUUAGACAUUGCUGAGGAGUUAGUUCAGGAGAGAUUAAGCUUCUUAGUGACCUUGACUGAGACAUUAGACAAGCUCAUAUUCUAGGACAAUGCCAAGCCAACCGAUAUAACUAUCGGUGGUGAGGGUGGUUACAGAAUAAAGGUAGACUCUAAUGAGUAAGUUGAGGUUCUUUUGAAGCAACUCGAUGAGACUCCAGGUCAACAGCCAUGGGGAAUCUCAAAGAGCUACAAGAUCAAGGGAUUAACAGUUCACACCUUCAUCGACAUGAGAUACAAGGUAGAGAGAUUUUCAACUAUUUUCUGA